AUGGAUGAGAGAGAAGAAAAGCGAAAUCUCAACUUUGCACAUCAUGUUCACAAUUUCAUGGCAGCUUUGCAAGGGUUUGAAAGGUUGGUUGAACAUACAUCGGCCCAGAAAAGAGAUGAAAGAAUUGGUGUGUUUACACAAAAAGAAGAUACAAUUGAUUAUGACAAGUUUUACGGGGCAGUACAGGAGCUUUUUGGCCCAGAAGUAAAGAACCAAGAUGUGAAAUGUUUUUAUAGAAAACUCUGCAACAAUCCCGGAGCAACUAUGGACUGGUGCGAGAUUUUUGGAUACUUCAGCUCAGAAGAUUCUCUUGCUUCCCAGAUAGAUGAAGAAAAUUUGAUUUUCCUGAUUUCUAGAAAACAGCGAGUUGUCAUUUCAGGUAGUAGAAGGCGGGAUGUCAUUAAGUGCAUAGUCAAGAUUCCUCAGCUAGAUCUGCUAAUAACGGCCUCUCAGAAAGGACUGAUUACCAUCUUUAAUAGCCAGGAUACCUCCUGGAUCACAGGAUGUGACUACCUCUCACAACUCAAGCGAAUUGUGGCCACUACAGAAAGGACCAUCAUUGUCUGGGAUUAUAAAGCACAAGGGAACAGCCAGGAGAAUUACUUUAUCAUAAAGCCGAUGGACCAUUGCCUCCUGUGUGUGUGCGUCGUGUCCUUGCCAGACCAGCUCUGCCGGGAUGACAUCCUCCUGGGGGAUGAUGGAGGAUUUGUGAACAGAUUCACAAUAAAUAGUGAUGACUUCGGACUAAAGCAGGCAAAAAACAAAAAAAAGUUACAAAAUCAGAUCUUGGACUCAAAGCACUUUAAAAGUGUUAAAAGGAAGCUACAUAAUGACUGGGUUAUGAAAAUUAGAUAUAUUCCAGCUCUGAAUUACUUCGGAUCCUGCUCCUUAGAUAGUGUCCAUUCAUUAGUUUUGGAUUCCUUGAGGAGACUUGAGGAUAAUUUGCCUGUCAGAGAGUUUUCCAUGCCAAGAGGAGCAAACACUUUUUGUUACUGCACAAAAGCAAACGUGAUCGUUACUGGGGGAGAUGAUAAAGUUCUCCGGUUGUGGCAUCCCAACAUAAGCACCAAGCCGGUAGGGAAGCUGGUUGGUCACAUGUUCAGUAUCACCGAGAUUGUAACGAAUGAAAAGGAUCAGCAUGUCAUCAGCCUUUCUUCCGCUAAGGUUUUCAGAGUAUGGGACAUACAGACACUUUCACUGUUACAAGUUUUCCAUGACAGCCAGGGGGGACCAGGAGACAUGCAGAUUUAUUCUAUGGUAUAUGAUUCCAAUCAUGGCAUGCUGAUAACAGGCUCUAGUGUUAUAGACAUGUAUCCUUUGACUCGUAUGAUACAAGACACAAAGCAGAUCCCCCACACUCAUGAACGAGAAAUCAAUGUCAUGCUCUACAACAAGACUUUUCACCAGGUGCUCACUAUCUGCUCAGAAUCGGUAAUUAAGGUAUGGGAACUAGAGACUGGCCUCCAGAUAUACCAGAUUUUAGAUCCUCAUGGCAUCAAUGUUGAACUGACUGCAGCAUCUGUCGAUGAAAGUGGAUUUACCUUUGCCACAGGAGCAUAUAAUGGAACUGUGAAAGUCUGGGACUUCAGCAGUGGACAGGAGCUCAAAGUGUUGCCGGAAGGGAAAGACUGGAAGGAAGAAGAACGUUGGCUGCUAGACUUGAUUUUCCUGAAAUCCCAGGAAAAACAUCAAUAUUGGAUCCUUGCCCUGGAGUGCAAUGGAAAGAUCAAAUUGAUCCAGGGCAAGGAAGAAGAUAUUUACCUCCUAGUGAUGUGGGAGCUGCCUGAUCCUGUGCCUUUCCUACAAGAUGGGAAUCAUGUUGUGCCUCUACGGUUGUCCACCAGACCAAAGAGUGCACGUAUUCCUUUCCCAGAUGUGGAAUUCCUGAUUGAGAGAAAAUUAUCUCCAUUUACUUGUAAUUCUACCGUCAGAACAGAAGUGAACUGCAUUGAUCUAUUACAGCUAGAAGGGUAUAAUUUGCUAGCUGCUGGAACCUUAAAUGGUGUGAUUAUCUUAUGGAAUUUUGUAAUGGCUACUGUCACAGGAGUGUACCAACCUGAAGAUUGCUUCACUGUGGACCCUGAAUUGGAUCCUAAACGGUAUAGGAUUAACGACAUAUUGUUCCUCUUUCGUACCCCUGAAUGUGCAAGGAGAUCAAGUCAGGAUUCCAUAUGCUCUUCAUCCCAGUGUGAUUCGAGUAGAGGCCCACAAAGUAGCAAGGGAAGUAAACUUAGUAUCACUGAAGUUAAAGGUGAGGCCACAGAGAGCAUGACGGGAGAGCAGCAGUUGGUAGACAUAACACAAUCCAGAGGCUCCAACUCAGCUGAAGUUCAGCCACCUCUCCUCAUCACUGCCCAUGAGGAUGGGCACCUUCGACUGUGGACCCUAGAGGGGAAACUGCUGAAAGAUAUGCUACCUUUCACAAAGCAUUCUGCCAUUUCUCUGACAUCACUGUACACAGACUCAUGUGCUAGGGUGCUAUUGGCUGGGAAUGUGGAAGGACACGUUAUCCUUUGCAGUAUCGGUUCCUUCCUAGAUCUACCUCAUGAUGAAAAGAAGUUCAAGCAGCUGCUUUCCUGGCGUGCACAUGCUUUAGAAAUUGUCCAAGUUGUCUAUGUGGAAGACAAGCAAGUGGUACUGACCGCCUCCGUUGAUGGCUCUGUGAGGGUGUGGCAGGCCCUCAAUGGUCAUUACUGUGGAUAUUUUGGGCAGAGAAGGAUCUUUGAAUUAUCACAACCAAUUGAUUUCAUCUUACCUUGUGAUGUUAGUGAAUACCCCAUAGAAAUAAAAGAGGAAAGCAAGCUCACAGAUAAAAAGCAAAAGUAUGAAUUACCUCUGAUAUUUGACCAGAAGAGAGGGAAAAUGCACCACUUGUCAAUGGUUUUUAAAUCCCAGCCAUUUGCUAUAUCAAUGGAAAAAUGCCUUUUCUUAGACUUCUCUGUUUUGCAGACUCGAAGACGUGCUGUGGAAGGUUUCAUGACUGAAAACAAAGAAGCAGGGAUUAUAUUUGGUUCUCUACCUAUAUAUAGGGUGCCAAGCCCCACUAGUUUAAGAUUCCUGCCACUCAUUGGCUCAGAAGCACAGAGAGACUCUUUAGAUAUCCUUCUAGGAAAGAAGAAGGGAGGUCAUGUUCAACAUGAAAAAGUAAGGAGGAGGAGAAGUCUGAAAAGAAAUUUGGUCCCACAUGUAAAUCUGGCUGCUUCCUUCUUCCCGUCCAUUCCUUAG